AUGCCUGCAGUGUCGCAACCACCUGUUACGCCUGUAAUAUCACAACCAUCUGUGUGGAGCGAGGCGGAGCGAGCACUGCUCUCCAGCCAUGCAACCGAAUAUGUGAACUCCGGAAGCGACAAGCAGUCGUUCUACAGACGCGUAUGGUGCAUAUACCUCCGCGCACAUCCUGUGAUGCCUAACCCGGAAGAGAUCGCCGAGAGCGGAGGCGAUGCCAUGAAGGCAUUUCGGCACCUAGGUUGUGCUCAACGUCGUGCACGACGGCUCGCGCAAAUGACUUACUGGUAUCAGAACAACGGCAAGCGUGCUGCGGCUGAGCAGGCGUCUGGUUUUGUGGCCCCUAAUCGCGCCAGAUUACUCAACCUAACAAACAAGGAAAAAAGGAAACCACAACCUGUCCACGCAUGGAUGCGCGUCUUCUACGAUAAACCGGAGGUGAAGGCCGCGUAUGAUCAGGCGUGGGAAGCAGCAGUCACGGCCGGGUGGGAUGAGAAGAAGGAGAUCUCUUUUCGUAAUAUGUGGGCAGGGCAGCAGCUUGAGAACGCGGACCAUGCAGCGAGGGCGCUCGUGGACGAGUACCGUGAGACAGGAUAUCUCAAGGACGACGUGGAGCGCUAUAUCGAGGUCAGCCCCUUCGACGACUCUGACAUGAUUCGUGCGAAACAGAUUCAAGAGUCUCUCGACAAUCUUCCCCAUACCCUGAAACGUGUCGCGGAAAGUCUUCACAAGCAGACGGGCUGGAACUUCAGUAUAACCUGUGGAGGUCCUUUACCUCGGGCCCCGAACGGCAAAGUGAAUACUUUGCACCUAUCCGUUGGAAAAUGCAAGCAAGGCAUGGAAUGGUCCGACUGGAACUCGGAAUACAAGGAAGACAUACGCAGGUUUCGUCAGUUCUGCGAUGCAACCUUCUCUCCAGCCGAAUGUAUGGCAUUAAGUCUCACCCGGAUACAGACUUCGACGUUCAAUGCCUCGAGCUUGAUGGCGGCUUCGACUUCGACUUCGACUGGCCCAACUUCGGCUACCGCAAAUGCCAGUUUCGACCCCGCUGUGAUAGAUCCAUCAUUGCUGGACAUGACCCUCGUCACAGACGUUUCGCUCGAUUUUGUUGCCACUGCAGCAACGUCUAUCAUAGAAUACCCUGGUGAUCCUUCAUCAGGCACGGUGCCGGCCCCUUCGAAGAAGCGUCGUAGAGCCGAGAAAGUGGCUUCCAACCACAAGAAGGCGAAAGCCCGUCGCGAGAAGACAAUUCUGGUACAAGCAGAAGAACAGGUGUUCAGAUCGGAAUCAAACCCUUUCCUUGCCCCGUCUGCCGUGCCCCCCGUUGUAUCAUCUCCAGUCCUGCCCUCGGCGCCGCCCCAGGUCUCGUCCUCCGUGCCGCCUCAUGUUCUGCCUACAGCGCCGUUACAGGUCCUGCCCUCUGUGACAUCGCUGGUCCCUCCCUUGGCAGCGCCUCAAGUACUGCCCUCGGCGGCGCCUCACGUCCCCCCCCCUGCGGCGCCUCAUGUUCUGCCCUCCCCGACGUCUCCGGUCCUGCCCUUCAUAACGUCUCCGGUCCCUCCCUCGGCGCCACCUCAGGUUGUGCCCGAGGCCACGCCUCACGUCCCGCCCUCGUCGGCGCCUCAAGUCCCGCCCUCGGCACCACCUCAGGUCGUGCCCGAGGCCACGCCUCACGUCCCGCCCUCUGCGGCGCCUCAAGUCCCGCCCUCGGCGCCCCCUCAGGUCGUGCCCUCGGCCACGCCUCACGUCGUGCCAUCGGCCACGCCUCAGGUCGUUCCCUCGGCCGCGCCUCACGUCCCGCCCUCAGCGCCACCUCAUGCCCUGCCUACAGCGCCACUACAGGUCCCGCCCUCGGUAGUAUCACCAGUCCCUCCCUCAGUGGCGCCUCAAGUCCCGCCCUCGGCGCCACCUCAGGUCGUGCCCGAGGCCAUGCCUCACGUCGCGUCCUCGGCGGCGCCUCAGGUCGUGCCCUCUGCGGCACCUCAAAUCCCGCCCUCUGCGAUGCCUCAGGUCUCGUUGUCAGCGCUGCCGCUACCGCUUGCACCACCCGCGGCCGCUUCUCAAGCGGCGGUUGACUCACGUACUCAAACGACCACAAUACGGAGACAUCUCAAUGUUUCUUCAGCCCCCGCCAAUGGCCUCGUUGAUUUGGACGCAGAUGAGGAUGAGGAUGAGGAUGGGGCUGAUGACAUUCCACUUGGCGUCACCUCCAAUGAUUUGGAUGAUGAGGAGCGGCAGGAGAUUUUGGCGCUCAACAGCGGCAAACCGACACGUGCUAUGCCCAAUCCAAUCUCUACCAGGAAGUCCGGGCGUGUUCGUAAAGCAUCGCAGAAGUUGGCAUCCCUCGAAUCCACCGCAUUCACCGCAUUGGAUGCAAGACUAUCGGCCGCUGAGCUCAUCGGCAAAGUUGUGCUAGACGAAAGUCUGCCUACCUAUUUUACAUCCGCAGUCAAGUUCAUGGGAUCUCAGGAAUACGGCCCCUACAACGAUUUUCUGCAGAUGCUCAAAGCUUUUAUUGUUUUCGAAGCCAAGUCACAAUUCCGAGCACAGAAUUCUCGCACCAAGGCCAUCAACCGACCCAAAGUCAUCCAGACAUGGAUGACGGGCCCGAAACGAGACUUCGCAAGCAUGAAGUCGUGGGACCCAGGGCAAGACAUCGCGGGGUGGUUUUUGUGGUGGGCAACACUGCAGCCGGCAUGGCGCGGUGCCAUCAUGCCUCAUUCUCGUGAAACCCCUCCUGGGGCUCGCUACCCUGACAUCAAAACUGGUCAAAUGGGUGUUGUCACCGUGGUCGCAUCUCUCGUAUGCCUCUACCUGUCGACCGAAGAGCAGGAGCUCUGCCAGAAACUGGCUACAGGCGCCCACGAUCUAUGCUGGGUUUUAAAAGCUGCCGCCAGCGGCAUUUCUGCGAGAGACGACGAAGAAAACGAGAAGCAGCCGCCCCGCAACAUCAAGUUCGAUUCGCGUACAGAGUAUCUCUAA